AUGACGGUGGAUUACGAAACCCCAGAUCCAACGCCAGAUCACCUCAAUCAGAAAACACAAAAUGGUAUCCUGGCUCCUCAACAACCCGCCGUUCCUCCGUUCUCUCUACUACCAAAGAGUACUGGGUCAAAAGAUAUUAUCCUAAUAGUUAGCCGAUUAUGCGGAACUACCGAAGAUGAUGUUGAGGAUGUUUAUCCUUGCACAAUCGUGCAAGAAGCUCUGGUAGCGCUCUCUGUCAAGAACCCACGCACGUACGUCGCUCGAUAUGUGUAUCGCCUGAAAGAUGGCAUCACUUUCAAUAGGUUCCACGCGGCAUGGGAUGCCACCGUAAGAGCGCAUCCGAUUCUCCGUACGAGAGUCUUGCAGCUUGGCUCUCAGGGGGCGAUGCAGGUGGUUCUCCGUCAGGGAAUUGAGUGUCAAAGAAGUAGCGAUCUCCAGCAGUAUCUCGUCGAUGACUGCGCAAAAGAGACACCAUUAGGAGCACCGUUGGUACGGGCUGGCUUCAUCCAGCGCGAGGAGCCUACAAGCCCAGCCUAUUUUGUCAUCACUUUGCACCACGCCUUGUAUGACGACUGGUCGCUGGCUCUGAUCCUCAAGCAUAUUGAAGCUGCAUAUGCGGAGCAACGAGCACCAGAUCAGUUCUUCUCCCGGUUUAGCUCCUACUGCAUGGAUGCUUCCAACGAGACAGCCGCCCAGUUCUGGCGCAAUGAGCUCUCGCGUAUGAAUCCGACUUCAUUCCCGGCUCUGCCAGCCGAGUCGUAUACACCGGCAGCGACUAAGUCUCUCAUCCAGACGACCGAGUUUGACGAAUUCAUGACCUUUGACGGUCUAUCGACGACUGUCACCAUGGCCUGGGCAAUUCUCAUCUGCCGCCAUACGGCGUCCGAAGAGGUGGUAUUCGGGGUGACGGACACUGGGCGACGCGCUACAAUGCCCGGUGUGGAAUUGAUGAGCGGCCCGACGAUCGCCACGUUCCCCUUCCAGGUCCUCGUGGUCGAUAGCCAACCGGUUUCCGACUGCUGGAACCAACUCCAUGCCCGUCGAGCGGAAAUGGUUCCGCAUGAGCAAUUCGGCCUCAGUCAGAUGCGCAUGCUAUCCCCAGAAGCCGCUGCGGCCUGUAAGUUUCAGAGUCUGAUUGUCUUGCAACCGAAACGACGGGAUGAUUACUCGCUCUUCGCCGAAGUCACGCACGACCAGAAUCUAGAGAAUCAUGCCACGUUCGGGACAUACCCGAUCACUCUCGUUGUAGAGCCGGCAGGGAAUUCAGUCAGUGUGCAGGCUGUAUAUGAUCACAAUAUCGUGCACGAUGCUCAGAUGAAAUGGCUGCUUCAGCAGCAUUCCCAUAUCAUGAAAUGGGUCAAUCGCAGGGAUAAUGCGCGCGUCGGGGAUAUUGAGGGCUUAUGUCCGGAGGAUCAAGCCCAGUUGCAGAUGUGGAAUAGUCAAAGAGCGCCUGAGAAUAUCCAACGAUGUGUUCACGACUUAAUUUCCGGGUUGUCGCGAUCUCAACCAGAUGCUACUGCUGUCUGUUCCUGGGAUGGCGAGCUGUCCUACGGCGAGCUCGAAGUCCUGUCAAAUGGCUUCGCUGCGCAACUGUUGGAAGAGGGUACUAUAAAGCCGGACAUGAUUAUUCCACUGUAUUUUGAGAAGUGUAAAUGGACCCCGGUGGCUAUUCUAGGUGUCAUCAAAGCUGGCGCUGCAUUUGCCUUGUUGGAUCCUGGCACGCCGCUGGCGCGAUUACAGACGAUCUGCGAGAGCACUAGAGCAUCAUUUGUCGUCUGCCUUCCAGAGUUGGUAUCCCGAGCAAGGGAGCUGACAGGCAAGGUUAGUGUGCUCAACACUGAUGACAAUAGCCUUGCAACUCUGGCUCCCAGCUACACCGGGUCCGAUGUCACACCAUCAAAUAUACUCUACGUCGUGUAUACCUCUGGAUCAACAGGCCAGCCCAAAGGAGUUGUCAUCGAGCAUGGGGCAUUCUGCUCGAGUGCGCUGGCUUACAUUAAAACCGCCGAGAUGAAUAAGGAAACUAGAGCCCUGCAAUUCGCAUCAUACUCAUUUGAUGUGAGCGUCACCGAUCAUCUAGCGACCCUGCUCGCUGGGGGCACAAUUUGUAUCCCCUCGGCCGAAGAUCGGAUGAAUGACAUUGUCAGUGUCAUUAACAAAUUCCAUAUUAACUAUGCAGACUUUACCCCAUCCUUCCUCCGUUCUCUCCGUCCUGAAGAUAUGCCGACUUUGCAGACAAUUGUUGUCGGAGGGGAGGCAUUAUCGCGAGCAGUGAUAGACAUCUGGGGAAAUCAUGUCCGGUUACUCAAUAUCUAUGGACCGGCUGAAUGUUGUGUUCUUACUACCAUCCAGCCUCACAUCACCCUGGACUCAGACCCGUUGAAUAUCGGAUUCGGCACUGGGGCUGUAUGCUGGGUUGCCGAUAGCAACGACCACAACCGUCUGGUACCUAUCGGUGCCGUUGGCGAGCUGUUAGUCGGAGGGCCGAUCGUAGGACGGGGAUAUCUGAACGAUCCCCAGAAGACAGAGGCUGUUUUCAUUGAGAACCCGGAAUUCCUGCGCGAAUUUUCACCCUCUUCACCGCAAAAUCGCGUGUACAGAACAGGCGACUUGGUGCAAUAUGCACCAGAUGGAUCGAUUCGAUUUCUAGGCCGAAAGGAUAUGCAAGUGAAGUUGCGUGGCCAGAGAAUCGAACUUGGAGAAAUUGAAUAUUGCUUGAAUCAAUGCUUUGACAUCCCCGGUUUGGUGGUGGACGUGGUGAAAUUCAACAGUAACACAGCCGUUCUUGUUGCCUUCAUCCUUCGGGAGUCUGUUGGGACGACAGAUCCAAAUGAGCUUUUCCAUAUCCCCGACGACGUGUUCCGGUGCAGUGUUGCUCAGGCAGAGGCACAUCUACGUACUCAGUUGCCAGGGUAUAUGGUCCCAAGUUUGUUUGUGCAGCUGGCCCAAAUGCCCACGACUGCGUCCGGGAAAAUAGACCGAAAACGGUUGAAAGAGUACACGGCUUCUCUAUCUCUGGAUGAUCUGAAGAAAUAUACGGCCGCAAAGCAUGACAAGAAGCCUCCGUCAACCGAGCACGAGAAAGUCAUCCAUGGAUUUGUGGCUCGUUUACUUGGUCUGAAACCCGAGGCAGUCGGCGUGGAAGACACUCUAUUUACUUUAGGAGGAGAUUCAAUCACCGCGAUGAGACUUGCUGGGUUGGCGAUGGAGCAGGGUUGGGUGAUGACCGUCGCGGAUAUCUUUGCGUCUCCAAAGCUUUGUGAUAUGGCAUUGAAGAUGCAAAGGUCCCAGCAGACGGACAAGCAAUAUCAGCCUCUUUCCCUUAUCCAAAACCUGGGGCUGGGAAAUAGUGAUGGCAUUAAGCAGGAGGCCAUAGGACAGUGCCGUGUCUCCGGUGACGAUAUUGAGGACAUCUAUCCCUGCACCGCUUUGCAGGAAGGAAUGAUGUUUCUGUCCCUCGCGAAACCCGGUACUUAUAUAUGCCACUUUCUCUAUACAAUUCCGCCUGAGAUGACAGAUGAGCAGCUGCAGCAGGCUUGGAGACAGACAACUGAAGCCAACACUAUUCUGCGGACCCGUUUCUUCCAGGCUGGCUCUCGGCUAUACCAGGCAGUCAUCCGCGACGAUCAUGUGACAUGGGACAAGCCGGACGACAUGGAGGAGUAUAUCGCCGAAGAUAUUCAGCGCCAGGUCGAUAUGGGCGAACAGCUCGUCCGCGUUGCGGCUACCACGACUUCCGACCAAACUCGCGUGUGGGUUCUGACAUUGCACCAUUCUCUCUGCGAUGGAUGGACCGUCCGGCAGCUCUUGGAGCAGACCACAGCUGCAUACAGAGGGCAGACCCUCCACGAGCGACCUUUUAGCUCGUUCAUCGAGUAUGUUCUCGACAGGCGUAACGACGAAACACAACAGUAUUGGCAAACCGAAUUCGCCAACCUCGACCCCCGUGCUGCCAGUUUCCCGCCCCUUCCCUCAGCACAUUACGCUCCCCAGGCAGAAGAAUCGCUCACAUACCCUAUCCUGAAUCUCACCGACAAGGGCACCGAACAUACGUUAACGCCGUUGAUCCGUCUUGCCAUGGCGAUUGCGCUGUCACGAUAUAGUGGAUCCACUGAUGUUGUCGUUGGACUCACGACAUCAGGGCGUAGCGCUUCCCUACCUGGGAUCAACACAGUCACUGGUCCAACCUUAGGCACAUAUCCCAUGCGAAUUCAACUGCGGUCAUCUGAAACAGUCGAAGACGUCAUGUCAGUGAUUCAAGCAAACUCCAUCCGCGUACUUCCGUUUGAGCAUUUUGGUCUUCAAAACAUCCGCAAGGUAAGCCCGGAUGCCGCUCGGGCCUGUCAGUUCCAGACAUACUUGAAUGUCUGGCCAACCGUUGAAUCCGAGGCUCCAGAGCCUUUCACUCUAUACCAGGAUGGCUAUUCCGGUCAUGCUGCGUUUGGCGGCUUUGCCCUCGCCAUGAGUUGCAUGCUGGAACCGCGGAAUGAUGGGUUUACCGUGUUAGCCAACUACGACCCGCAAACCAUCACGCACGACCAGCUCACCACGUUCUUCUCGGAGUUCGAGCAGGUGGUUCGUCAGGUCUGGUCAGAUCCAUCCCUUACCAUUGGUCAGAUCCAAGUAGGAAAUUCACAAACGGGCCUCAAAGAACCGCUGGUCGUGGGUUCAGGGCUGCCUCGUGAUUGCAUCUCCGUUGGUGACGCGUCUGCAGAGGUUGAAAACUCUGGCGACAUCCGCCAGGCUUCGGUGAAUGAAACUGCAAAUAUUGUUUGUGAAGCGGUUGCCAACGUUCUAAAUGUAAACAUCGACAGCCUGAAGAUGCGCGAUAAUUUCUUCCGAAUCGGCGGUGAUUCCAUCGCAGCUAUGCAGGUCUCCGCGAAGUGUCGUUCGCAAGGUCUUCUUCUCACUGUGGCCGAUAUUUUCCAGAAGAAAUUUAUCGCAAAGAUUGCAGAAAAAGCUAUACUGGCCCAAGGCAAGGAUGGUAUUUUGCACAACGAAGGAAAGAUUGAUACAUCUGCCGCCUGGGACGCGUUAGUCAGUGGCAAACUACCAGCUCUGGGCGUUGUCAAUGCAGAGGAGAUCGAAGAGAUCGUUCCCUGUACGCCACUACAACAGGUAAUGUGGCUGACUGGUUCGAGGGAGAACGGCUACUACCAACCACACACGGUGUGGGAGCUGAUCGCAGAGGAUACAUCGAGGUCUGUGGACACAGCCAGGCUUCGAGAGGCGUGGAUGUCAUUCGUCAUGCGUCAUUCAACAUACCGAUCGCUUCUGAUGACUGUUCAACAGUGUGCGUAUCAAGUCAUGCUAAAGAAGCCAUUCAGCGACAAUAUCUCAACCGUCCGAUGCACUGCUGCAGACCUUCAAACUGCAAUUGCUAAACAGAAAGAUACCCCCUUGUCUAGUCUGCAUGUGCCAUAUCGACUGACCAUCUUCGAGACCGAUGCGGAUAGGGUAUUCUUGAUGAUGGAGCAGCAUCACGCACUAGACGAUGCUGUUUCUUCUUCCAUCUUCGUGGACGAGUGGUCACAGAUUUAUGGAGGAAAUACGCCUGAUAGCACACCGGUUCCGUUUAGCAAAUAUAUUGCCAGCCUCCAUUCUUCCUCUAGAGUAUCGGACAAGACGUUCUGGACAGAGUACCUAAAGGACAUAUCCCCAUGCCUUCUGUACUCGCACGAUAGUCCCAUCCAUCGCGGCAACCUUCACUCCACCAGCAUCCAGCUCGACCACAUGCAAAAGAUCACUCAAUUCUGCACCGCACAUGACAUCACCAUAGCAAUCUUCUUUAAAUCUCUCUGGGCCGCACUCCUGCAGCGCCUAACCAAUCUAACAGAUAUAUCCUUCGGCUAUCUCGUGUCCACACGAAGCGCACCAGGCAUCGAAGCCACCGGGUCUACUGGAUUCUACCUAAAUAUGCUCAUCCAGCGACUGAACAUCGACGAGACUACAAAAAUGACAAAGGUCCUCGACAUCAUCCAGGAAGACUACGGCCAGGCUCUCACUCACCAAUCCCAAGGGCUAGAAACACUAAACGCACGAAUACCAAGCCGAGUUUUCAGCACUCUCGUCAACCACCGCAGACAUGCUAUUGAUACUAAGGAAACUAGGUCGCUGCGGUUCGAACCCGUGGAGUGGUCUGAUGGGAUGGACUUCGAUAUUGUGUUUGAGAUUGACGAAUCUGAGGACAAUUUACAAUCCACCUUGACGUAUUGGGAUGGCAGAGUACAGGAGGAAAUGGUUUCGAAGGCUAGUAAGAUGUUUACUGGACUUCUUUCUGCGGUGAUGGAGGAUCCCGAGCAGGUACUUGGGGAUCUAUUGUAA